AUGCUAAGCCGGCUGGUUGUCGGCAAAUUGAUGUUUCUAGCGUCUGGCAAUGUCGAGGCUCAGGCGGACUUGAUUUUCGGCAGAAGUCUCGGAUCGGGAACUUGGGAACUUUGGAACCUUGAUCUAGAAGGACUAGCAAUGCACCAUCGAGGAACGGAGCAAAUGGAUGUGACGGUGUGGCUGGCGGAGAAGAAAUAG